CAAUGCUGUAAUCAACACCUUUUUUCCAUCUCAUGAGAAUGGUCAGAAUUUACUUACAGCUUUGCGAAGAAAUAAAUAAGUACCCGUGAAACCAAAAUUAAGAGUUAAUUAGUGAAAGUAAUCAUGUCUGAAGUGAUCGAUACAUGUUCUUUAUGUCGAACUGAACUAAUUGAAACAAGUGAUUUCGAAAGCAUGGGAGAAGAGAACGAAAAUUUUUUAAGCAACUUGAUUAAAACUUUAUGUGAAGCUGCCAAUAUUAGUUGCAAAUUUAAUUCCCACCGUUUUCAUUCUUGUUCAAGUUGUAACACAAUUUUGUCUGAAAUUUCGGUGCAUUACAUUGAACUUAAUCGACAAUUGCUAAAACUUAAAUCACUUAUACUUUUGCGUAGAAAUUGUAAUCAGGAAGCUAUUUGCCGUAACGAAGUUGACAAUCGAAAUCUCUAUAAAAUAUUGGUACAAGAUUUAAACCCCUCACUUGUACUGGACAGGAUUUCGCGUACGUCAACAUGCAACAAACUAUCACUACAAGUAAAAGCGGAAACGGAAGCGGUCGAAAUCAAGCAAGAAAUGGAACAACUUGGUGACGAUCUCGACAAUGCAGAAAUCAUACCAGAUUUUUGUGUGGACGUAAAUUUUCAAGAUGAAGAAGAGGACAAUAAUGAUUCACAAACUAUGUCGCCAUCAUCAAUACAACCAGAAAGAAAACGCAGGAAAAGAAUUGCCAAACGAAAAAUAGGAAAAUUAAUUUCGACUCAAGACAAGGAACAAUUAGAACAAAAGCUCAUUAAAGCUAUGGAUGGUACCUAUAUUUUCAUGGGAAUUACUUUAACUCCAGUAAAAUCAGAACAGGGAAAACAUUACGAGAAUAAAUCGCAGCAAAAUAAGUAUUGGAAGUUUAAAUGUGGACAAUGUGGUCAAAUAGUGAGAGGAUUAUAUAAUCUAAAAUGUCAUAUUAAAGAAACGCAUUUCGGAAUUUUAAGAUAUGGGAAUCAAAAAUGUAUAACUUUUCGAGGAGAAAAGAUAAAGUUAGACUCUAUUCGAAAUGCUGAUGGAAACCUAAUUCUACACGGAGUCCAAAUUGUGAUAACUUCGGAUGAAAAGAAAUAUAAAUGCGGAUCAUGUUCUGUCAGCUAUAAAACAAGGUGUGCAUUAAUUUCUCAUAUUCGCCAUCUGCAUGCCAAAAUACCAAGACCAGCUCCGAAAAAAGCGUACGGGCCUCAGACCGAAGGGACCUCACACCGAAGCAAGAGCCAAAUUAUGGAUGACGGGCGUCAGUUGUUUUGCGGCGUCGAAAUUCGUUCAUGUGGAAACGAACAAGAGAAUAGGUUUCAAUGUGGAAGGUGCAGUCGAACUUGGAAAAGUAAAGGGAAUGUUAUGGCUCAUAUUAAGAUGCGUCAUCCUGAUACUACGCCGUACACGUGUCCAGUUGCACAUUGCGGGGUUUCUUUUGCAUAUAAACAUAUGCUAGAGAAACACCAGGUCAAGCAUGGGAACGGCGAAGCCGAAUUUAUCUGCGAUCGGUGUGGAAAGUCGUGCAAAAGAAAAGGAACUUUGCAAGAGCAUAUUAGACGAGUUCAUUUAAAUGUAAUUAAUUUUAAUUGUCCUCAUUGUCACAAAGGGUUUUUUAGCAAGAAGGACUGUAGGCUUCACUUAAAAACACAUGAAAAUUUACAUGUACAAUAAUUGCAGUGAAGUUAGUUAAGUCCACCCACGUAUACUUUUUUAUGCCUGUGAACAUACUUAUAACUACAGCAAUUUCUUCACUAUUUUAACUGCUAAUUGAACUACAUACUUACAAUUAGUUGUUGGGUUGAAAUAAUUGCAGUAUAUUUAUGAAAAUUUUCAUAUUGAUGGAUAAAAUAAAGUUUAGAUAACUGUGUA